CUGAAUUAAGGUUCUUUCUUUCUCUCUCUAAACUCAACUCAUCACCACUUUCCCUCUCUCUCUCUUCUCCUUCAUCUCAAAUGUUGAAUUUCUUCUUAUUAUUUUUCAUUUUUAACUGAAUUUUCACUCGCUCUAAGUGGUGUGUUUGGGGAAGUUUGAUUCAGGAAAUGAACAAAGGACAAUCACCAGAGCCUCUUGAUUUCUUCAUCUGGACUGUUGAGGAUGUUGGCAUGUGGCUGGAGUCCAUAAAUCUUGGUAGUUAUCGCCAAAUGUUUAAGGAAAAUGGUAUUAAUGGAGAAUACCUGGAAGGAAUGUCUAUGUUCACGACUGAACAGAUCCUUCGUUUCAUACGACGUUGCCACAUGAAAUGGGGAGACUUCAUCACAUUGUGCAAGGAAUUAAGACGGAUUAAAGUGGCUUGUUUGAAAGGGGAGCAAAAAGUCCGACGGCCAUGGUGGGCGCCGGCAUGUCUAUCUACAGUGUUCUCAAAGGUUGCAAAAUGCAACAGACAAUCAAGAGUUGUUUCCUUGAAGCUGGAACCUUGAUGCAUUACAACCUCUACAUAUGUUUUUUACGUAUAGCAAUUUUCUUUUUGCCUAGAUAACAGAAGAUAGUAAAGGACAAUUUAUAGCUUUUUUUUUCCCUUUCUUUCUAUUCGAAAACGUGGUUGUUUGUUCUCCUCUGGAGAACUCUUAUGUAGAAGGUCCUUGUGCACUAAUCACUGGUGCUGUGUAAUUAUGUAUUAUCUCCUAUAUGAAACAAAAAUACGAUAUGUGCUGUUGCAUUUCCACUUCCAA